ACAUGGCGAUGUAUAUUUUCGGCGGGAAACGCAUUCGCCCAGCAAUGCUGUCGUGCAUGUCAGUGCGUCUUGUGCAUCGACGUCAAUCUACGCCAGUUAGCAUCAGUCGAACGUGGCUACAAUACGUAUUUUUCAAACAAUUUUAUAGUGCUACGUGACAAAUAUAUAUGAUAAUAUAGAGGAUAAACAAGAAGAGACAUAACUGUGUUUCGUUAACCUCAGAAGAAACUCUCGCACGUUGUCUGUAUAAAUCGAUACAAAAGACGAAAAAGCAGAUAUUGUUAUCAUCAAGAUAAUUACCAUAGGAAACCGCUGCUGCUACAUUUCUAUCAAGAAAAUGGCCUCUCCACAAAAGUUUUACAACAAUCCAUUUACAAUCUGUAUAGAAGGAAAUAUUGGAAGUGGCAAAACAACAUUUUUAAAUCACUUCCAAAACUUUAACAACGCUACAAUUUUGCAAGAACCAGUGAAUUUAUGGCGAGAUGUGGCUGGAGUAAAUUUGUUGGAUCUGUUAUACAAGGACCCGAUAAAUUAUGCCUUUCUAUUUCAAUCGUAUGCUCAAUUAACUAGGCUAAAAUUACACACUCUGAGCACACCAUCACCUUAUAAAAUCAUGGAAAGGUCCAUAUUUAGUGCAAGAUGCUUCUUAGAGAAUAUGAAGCGUACAAAUAUGAUAAGAGAUGUAGAAGCAGUAGUUUUAGAAAAGUGGUACGAUUGGUGUUUAGAAAAUACUAAUAUAAGAGCAGACUUAAUAGUAUAUCUAAGAACAACCCCAGAAGUUGUAUAUCAAAGAAUGCAGGCUCGCGGGCGCAAAGAAGAAGAUUCUGUAUCAUUAGAAUAUCUGAGACAAAUCCACGAAAUUCACGAUGACUGGCUCUACAGAAAAACUUUAUUUACUUUACCAGCGCCAGUUAUGAUUAUUGAUGGUGAUAAAAGUCUCGAGGAAAUGGUGCCACAAUUCGAAAAAUGCAAAAGUCGAAUACUUGGAGAGAAAACAGAUGGCACAAAUACCACAAUAGUUUUAAAUACUAAAGCAUAAUAAUGUUGCAAUAUAACUUGAAUAUUAUAUUUACCUGAUAGAUCAUUUUUAAAUAAUUAUAGGUUUACUAUUAUAAUAUUAAGUUUCAUGACUUACCUUCAGAGACUGAAAUGAUAUUGUGUUUUGGGAAGGUGGGCUGAUUGUCGUUGAUAUCAAUUACUUGUACACUCAAUGCAGCUGUGCCAGUUAAUUGUGGAUUUCCUUGAUCUGUCGCGAUGAUAGUCAGUCUAUAUUUUUCGCGAACUUCACGAUCCAAGACUAUAUUGGUCCUUACAACUCCGCUAUACGGCGGACUUAUGGUGAAGGCGUUAUCCGGAUUACCAUCCACAAUAUGAUAUAAAAUUCUGCUAUUCAGACCUUGGUCAGCGUCACUUGCUGAAAGCUACAAAAGCAAAUAUUAACAAAUAUAAAUAUGUGUAUAUCCAAUAGUAUACAUUUUUAUAU